AACAAAUGCAAAUGUCAAAAAGUGUAUUUUGCAGCUGGACAAAAGUGCAUUUGCGUUUCAGUUUGUUGCGUGUUUUCUAAUUGAAUUGAUUGUUUUUAAAUUGGACAAAGAUAUCUGUUUAAAUUUCUGCAAUGUCAAAACGGGAUUACAUACAAGAUAAAGAAUCCGUGAAGACAUUUUUGUCUGAAUUUUGCAAAGAGGAUGAUAACGGCAAGAAACAAUUCGUUUACGCCAAUCAACUGGUGAAGCUUGCACACCGCGAACAAGUACUACUUACAAUAGAUCUAGAUCAUGUAUCGGAAUUUAAUGAAGAGCUCGCCGAGUCCAUCAUUAGUAAUAGCAGACGCUAUGCGAGUAUGUUUAGCGACGCCAUUGCGGAAUUGUUGCCUACCUUCAAAGAACGUGAAGUGACCGCCAAAGACGCUUUGGAUGUGUACAUUGAACAUCGUUUGUUAAUGGAAUCACGUUCGCGCAAUCCCAUGGAACAACAUGAUCAGCGCAAUAAUUUCCCACCGGAGUUGAUGAAGCGAUUUGAAGUGGCUUUCAAACCGCACUCCAAUGAAAAAGCCAAGUCCAUACGUGAAAUCAAAGCAGAACAUAUUGGAAAAUUGGUGACCGUGCGUGGCAUUGUAACGCGUUGCACAGAAGUUAAACCCAUGAUGGUUGUGGCUACAUACACAUGCGAUCGUUGCGGUUCUGAGACGUAUCAGCCAGUAAAUUCGCUUACAUUCAUACCGGUGCAAGAUUGUCCCUCUGAUGAUUGUCGCAUUAACAAAGCUGGUGGACGUUUGUACUUACAAACGCGUGGCUCUAAAUUCGUUAAAUUUCAGGAAAUAAAAAUACAGGAGCACAGCGAUCAAGUACCCGUGGGACAUAUACCACGCACAAUGACUGUUAUGUGUCGUGGUGAAGUGACACGCAUGGCACAACCUGGUGACCAUGUUUUAAUCUCUGGCGUUUUUCUGCCUUUGAUACGUUCCGGAUUCCGCCAAAUAAUACAGGGCUUACUAUCGGAGACAUUCCUGCAUGCAUAUCGCAUUGUAUGUAUUAAUAAAAAUGACGAAGCGAGUGAUCAAGAGGCCGAACUCACCCCCGAAGAACUACAAGAGUUGGCUCAAGAUGAUUUCUACGAACGUCUCGCCACCAGCUUGGCACCUGAAAUUUAUGGACACUUGGAUGUAAAGAAAGCUUUACUGUUGCUUUUAGUCGGCGGCGUAGAUAAACGUCCAGAUGGUAUGCGUAUUCGUGGUAAUAUAAAUAUCUGCCUGAUGGGCGAUCCUGGUGUUGCCAAAUCACAACUGCUCAGCUACAUAAGUCGUUUAGCGAUACGUUCACAAUAUACCACUGGUCGUGGUUCAUCGGGUGUCGGUUUGACAGCCGCCGUCAUGAAAGAUCCACUAACUGGCGAAAUGAUGCUCGAGGGUGGCGCACUAGUGCUUGCCGAUCAAGGUGUGUGCUGCAUUGACGAGUUCGACAAAAUGGCCGAGCAUGAUCGUACCGCUAUACACGAAGUUAUGGAGCAACAGACAAUCUCCAUAGCUAAAGCUGGCAUUAUGACCACACUGAACGCACGUGUCUCCAUAUUGGCCGCCGCAAAUCCUGCUUUCGGCCGUUACAACCCACGUCGCACAGUUGAGCAAAAUAUACAACUGCCUGCUGCGCUCUUAUCACGUUUCGAUUUGCUUUGGCUAAUGCAGGAUAAACCUGAUCGUGAUAAUGAUUUGCGUCUGGCCAAGCAUAUCACCUACGUGCAUAGUCACAACAAGCAGCCACCGACACGUGUCAAGGCGCUCGACAUGAAUCUUAUGCGCCGUUACAUCAAUCUAUGCAAACGUAAGAACCCAACAAUACCCGAUGAGUUGACGGAAUACAUUGUAGGCGCUUAUGUGGAGUUGCGCCGUGAAGCGCGCAAUCAAAAAGACAUGACCUUCACAUCGGCACGUAAUCUGCUGGGAAUUCUGCGUUUAUCCACUGCACUCGCGCGUCUACGUCUCUCGGACAAAGUUGAGAAGGAUGAUGUUGCCGAAGCGCUACGGCUUUUGGAAAUGUCAAAGGAUUCAUUGAACCAACUGCAUGAGCAUCAAAAGGGACACGUGCCCAAUACAUCGGACAAGAUAUUCGCUGUUGUGCGUGAGUUGGCUGGUUCGAGUAAUACGGUUAAAAUCGCUGAUGUUAUCGAUCGCUGCACAACCAAAGGCUUCAAACCGGAUCAGGUAGACAAAUGCAUUGAGGACUAUGAGGAGCUGAACGUGUGGCAAGUCAAUAUGGCGCGCACAAAAAUCACUUUCAUGUAAUGCUGACGAACUUAACCAUAGCACCAAUAAGUACAGAUAAUUCAUUUUUUACUUUCAAAUUCAUUAAUUUCACUUUCACAUUGGUAUAUGCGCCUCCUCUUUGUAUCACAAAAACCGUUUCGUUCACAAUAAGUUAUUGAAAGUGUAUUUUUUUGUAGCGCUACCUCAAUAAAUGUUAUGAAAAUUAAAAUAAAAAUAAAACAGCGGUGUUAUCAUUUAAUUCCAAUAUAUUUGAAAUAAACGCACAAUGCAUGCAUCGGCGUUCACAAUACACAUUCACAUAGAUAAUAGUAAAAAUAACAAGUAUGCUCAAUUAUGCUCGGAAAUAUACAUUCAUAUUCGGUUUUUGAAACAUAUACACAUAUCAUAUAUAUAAAGUAGACACUACCAAUUUAAUAAAUUUAAUAUUCAGCUACAUAUGUAUGUAAUCGCUUGGAUUACACAAAAAAAAAAAAAUAAAAUAAUAAAAAUGAAAAGAUAAACACUAUUAAAAUGGCAUCGCGUUUAAGUACCUCGAGUGCUCUAAUUCUAAUACCAAUGGUGAGGCAAACUAACUAAAACAAGCUAAAAAAAAAUAUUUUUACAAAAAAAAAUUAUAAUAUUUAUAUAUAUAUAUAAAAGUUGUUUGUGUGCUUGCACUAUGUGGCCAUCAAGCAGCACCACUCGUGUAACAACAACACGCCCCCCGUCGCUGCUCUAGUAGAAAAAUAGCAAACGCUCUUGCGCCGAUGUGCUAAGCAAUCGCCAAGUGCGCUUAAUCGAUACAUACUGCAGGAAUGCGCG